AUGGCAACUAUGUCAGCGGUCUCGGGUACCACGACAUUUACUCCUCCGACUAGUGAACACGCAGAUCAUUCGGGGUGGAACCACACCUCUUCUAAUCAUGACAGCUCUAUGCCACAUAAAUUAUCUACAGAACGACAUGAGACCAAUGGCGUAAAGGGGGGUUCCCAUUAUACAAACGGGGACUCAGGCUAUGAUCCUUACGCGACAGACAACUACCCAUCAAGCAAAGAUACCCGCACAAGUCAAUCAACCUCGAUAUCUGAUCACAAGCGACCGAACGCCGAUGUUUCGCCCUCGGAUCUCGAAGAUGAACACUCGAAAUGGAUCCACCGGGAUAAGUUAGCUAGGAUAGAGAGCCAGGAACUUCAAGCCGCUGGUAUUAUUCUUCCCAAACCGAGGGCUCAAAGCAGGCCGAGGCGAGAUCGUAGCCCGGACAAAGCAAACGGUCAUCGGCGAGGUACUGAUGCUUCAGAAGCGCAUCCCGUCUCAAGAUCACGAAAGAAUUCGGAAUUGAGUGUUGAGAAACCCCUUGAAAUUGAAGUACCCGCCUGGGAUUUGCGGCUCCCAGAAGAAAUAGCCGAAGAUCCCGGUGAAUAUUGGGUAACAAAAGACAGUGUCAAAUCUCGUAUCCCAGUCGCCAAACUGAGUCCAGCUCCGAUUCCCGUCGAUUAUCUGGAACGAGAUGCGCCUGUGACGCGAAAGCAGAGUUUCCCCCUACUCGACGACGAAGCCUCGAUUUCGUUACCGAAGCCACGAUCGCGGAGCGGCAGCUCCAACGCGUUUGAUGACCCCCCGAAAGUCCAACCUUCGAAGCGCUCUGUUACGGAGGGUUCGCCCAAAAAAUCGACGGCAACCGAUGCCGCCGGGGCUAGGAAAAGCUCUGCACCGACAAAGACAGCCUCGCAAGGUCGACCGAAGACUCGAUCAGGUACAAAUACUCGCAGUGGUUCCAGAACACGACCAACCACCCGAUCCGGCGAAUUGUCGCCGCCAGUGUCUAAAUCUGCGCCGGAGGGUGAUCCGCCGUGGAUGGUGUCGGCAUACAAACCUGACCCCCGGUUACCACCGGAUCAGCAACUGCUUCCUACUGUUGCGAAAAGAUUACAACAAGAGAAGUGGGAACAAGAGGGCAAAUUCGGAAACAUAUAUGACAAGGAGUUCCGUCCUCUUAAUGAUGAAGGUUUCUUACGACCUCCAGAAUUGGAGAAGCCGAAGGACGUCGAAGAGAGGCAGGAUGAAUGGCCAUUGCGGCCCGGCGCUAAGAGUCCAAAUAUGAGUCGUCCUGGUACCAGUUCAUACUCGACAAUGCCUAAAAUUUCGGGCACGCCUAAUAUGACUCCUCUUGCGAGCCCGCUUUCGAUCCAACCGCACAACCAAAAUGGCCAGAGUCCCAGAGUACCGACACAGAUGGAACAACCCGAAGAAGAUACGAAGAAAUCGAGUUGUGGUUGCUGUAUUGUCAUGUGAACUGUCUGGGACGGUAUGCAUAUAUAUAUAUAACCUCUCGAAUCUCUUCUACAAUUUGUCAAGCACACCAUUGACGUGGGCAAACGAUCAGAUUAGACCUGAACGACGUUACGACUCUCUGGGACUUUGGCCACAUUCAGCGUUGUUUUAUUUUACCAACACCGCAUCCGCUAUUCAAUUUUCUAUCUCCUUUGUUCGCGGGUCAACUGUCCGUCGCAUCAAGAUCUAGCCCUUCUUCCGCCGCCCAGUCGACAUUUCGCACCGCUACCGAUAUACCAUCACUUCCUUCGAAGGGGCAGACUUGAAGUCUCUGCGCUUACAAUAUUUCUUGUUA